GUGACCAGGAGCCUGGGGGCAUCUCAUCUGGCAGAAGAGUGGGGGAGCCAAGUGGAUUCGGGGCCUUUGGUCUUCACCAGGUCCCUCCCAUUCUCCCCACUGGUCAGACAGAACAAGCCUGGAAGCGAAUGACACUGGCCCCUGCCCUGAGGGAUUCAAGGCUGAUCAGAACGGCCCUGCCCCGCCCCUGUCCCCCGGCCCUUAAUGUGGGUUUCAGCCUGCCCAGGCUAGGAGGUGCAGACAGGAGCUGGUCACCAGGCGCCACUCUGCCUCCGUCCUCACUCAUCCCUGCUGAUGGCCUGGCGGUGGCAUCUGCGGGCCAUUAGGGGAGGGACUGGCAGGAGGAAGCCAUGCUUGUCCCUUGGAAACUGGUGUCAUGUACCAGCCCCUUUGUCCGACCCUCACUUAGCACUCAGCAUCCCGAGGUCACGGUAACAGUCUCCACUUCCAGCCACGGCUUUGGAAGGCCCGAGGCCACAGCGCUCACCUUUGGGGAUGGUGUCCCUCACUCCUCUCCUGGGGCUCCACACGCCUCCCCCUCAUGCUGUGCACCUCAUGUGCGUGUGUGUGGGGUGAGGGGGGCGGGGAGCAGGGCACGGGUGGCCCGGACGCUGGCAGCUGUCUCAGAAGGGAGCUGCUCAGGUGAAACGAGAUCAGAUGGGCGCGUGGGCCUGGAGCUAAGAAUAGGAUUGGGCGUGGGUUCUUGGCCCUGGCAGUGGCGCAUUGGUACAGCGGGGCCCAGGACCUAGGGUUUCAGGGGAAAGAGCAGAGUCCAGCCUGGGUCAUAAACACAGCUGAUAGGGUGCAGCUCAGAGACAGGCAAGGGCUGGCCCAGGGCACUGGGGGCUGGGACCGGGAGGUAUCCUUGGGCCGGGAGGAAGCCCUGGCCCUGCACCCAUGGCCUUCCUGGUGGCCGGGACCCUGCGGGUGGCUGCACAGAUGGCGGAUGCCCGAGAGAGCCUGGCGAGAAAGGUAGUAGGCGGCAUUGCCCGGCCUGUGCCCCCUCCCUGCCAAACACUGCCCCAGCCUAGCUCUGGCCUUGCCUCCCCAGGGCAGGUACUGUGUGCUGGGUCCCAGGGUGGUCCUGGUGCUCAGCAGCCCGGGGGUGUCGGCGACAACAGUCGCUGCCCUGGAGGGCAUGCUCCUGGCCCUGGGCUUUGAGAGCUGCCGGAGGAGGGAGGCCCCAGUGCAGGUGAGCGCCCCAGUGCAGCUGUGCUCUCGGCCGCCUUCUGCCCUCCCCAGCACCUGCACUUGCAGCCCAGGCUCAGGCCAGCCCUUUGCUCUUGGCCCUAGGGCUUCCUUGAGGAGGUGGUGUGGUUCCGGGAGCAACUGGAUGCCCACGGGGGCCCUGUGGGCUGCGCUGGGGUGGCCUUGGUGGCCCCCGAAGGGCAGCUGAGGCGACCACAGCGGCUGGUCCGGGAGCUGAGCCGCUGCAGGGCCCUGCGGGGCUGCCCCAAGCUCUUCCUGCUGCUCUCGUGUGCUCUUGGGGCUGCCCGGGAGCCUGGAGCCUUCCUCACUGGCCUGGGUGAGCUCUGCGGCCGUUGUCCCCGCUGGUCCCUGCAGCAGCUGCUGACAGAGGUGGGGCCUUGGGGAGAAGUCCCGGGGAGGGGGCUGCGCCCUUGACUAUCCAGCCCCACUGUGCCCUCAGCCAGUUACAUGGCUGGGCGCAUUCACACGCUCUCUCCAUCCACUCUACAAACCUUUAUCAUCCACACUUGCCGUGUCAUCUGCUCACGCCCCUCACAACACACUCAGGAUUCCCCAAGGCCUCCAGCCUGCUUCAGGACACCACACGUCCGCCCUGACCCCUGCCGUCCCCGCAGUCCUUCCCAGGCUGAUGCCCCCACCCCCCAACCCCCAGGGGAGGCCCUGGGGCUCGUGGUUCCUUCUGUCCCUUUUCACGGUGCCCCAGGCAGGGACUCUCUGCCCCUCAGCCCACAGCUCCCUGGAGGCUGCGCUUUGGCAGCAAUUCAGGUCUGCCCCCAGCCCGAGGGUCUCGCUGGUGCCCUGGGGGACUGCUGGGAGGCCUGGAGGUCAGGGGUGUGGGCCCCGAUCCUGGCUCUCCCAGCCGGGCGCCUUCCCCAGAGAGGCUCGCGGGCCACCUGUGCCCUUCCUGCUCCGGGAGACGCAGGGUCCCUGGGCGCUGAUGGCGACCCCUGGCCACUGAGGCCGUCCGUGUGGGGAUGCCCGUGAGCGUGAGCCUGGCCUCCCGCCUUUCACCUGCCUCCUCCCUCCAUUCUGGCAAGGGAACCCCAAGGAGACUGGAGCAGCCAUGAGUGGCAGCCUGGCUGAGCCACCCCUGAAACCAGGGUCCUGGCCACCUGCCUGGGGGCCCCCCACCCUGACCCCACGCAGCCUCCCGAGAGCCUGGCGUUCCCCACCCCCACCCCAGGUCUUCGGCAGCGUGGCUGAGGACCCCGCAGGGGCGCCCUCCUGCCCAGUCCUUCGGAGCUCCUUGCGGGGGGACCUGUGCCUGGGACGAGGCGCGCCCUGGGAGCUCGAGCCAGAACCCAGCCCCAGGGCCCCGUACGACCUGUCAGGGGCCAAGGCGGCCUUCCUCCUUGCUGUGAUCCGGGACCGGCCUGGGGCCCAGCAUGAUGUGGAAGCUCUGGAGAGCCUGUGCCAGACCCUGGGCUUCGAGACCACCCUGAGGACGAACCCUACAGCCCAGUCCUUCCAGGAGGAGCUGGCCCACUUCCGCGAGCGGCUGGACGCCCAUGGGGGGCCCGUGAGCUGUGCCCUGGUGGCUCUGAUGGCCCAUGGUGGGCAGCAGGGGCAGCUGCUGGGGGCUGACGGGCAAGAGAUGCAGCUAGAGGUGCUGGUGCAGGAGCUGAGCCGCUGCAGGAUGCUGCGGGGCCACCCCAAGGUCUUCCUGCUUCAGGCCUGCCGUGGGGGGCACAGAGACCCCGGCAUGGAGCCCGCAGCUCUGCCCUGGUUUGGAUGCUGGACGCGGGCCCCUUCAGCCAUCCCCUCCCACGCAGAUGUCCUCCAGAUCUAUGCCGAAGCCCAGGGUAGCUCCUCCAGGGACCGCACUCCAGGGGACUUGGAUCAAGCAGACAUCCUGAUAGCCUAUGCAGCAGCCGAGGGAUGCGUGGCCUACCGGGACGAGAAGGGCUCCGACUUCAUCCAGGGGCUGGUGGAGGUCCUCAGGGCCGACCCCCGCGGGGACCUCCUGGAGCUGCUGACUGAGGUCAACAGGCGGGUGUGUGAGCUGGACGUGCUGGGUCCGGACUGCGCCGAGCGCCGCAAGGCCUGCCUGGAGAUCCGCAGCUCGCUGCGGCGCCGGCUCUGCCUGCGGGCCUGACCGCCCUCGGGCCCCGGGCGGCGGCCGAGCCCCAGCGCCGCCCUGACCGCGCGCGCUCUGCGUGUCCGCGUCUGCACACCGGCAGGGCAGUGGGCGCCGGCGUGGCCGCUGGCAGCCACGUGUGAGAAGUGAGACGAGUGUGCCAAGUGCCCGGCACUUCGCCAGCGCCCGCCUGAGCUCUGGGAACCCAGCUGGCGCCAGCACCCAGCGUCCCGGGAGGAGGGACCCGUCUGGGCCCGCGGGGUGCAUGUCCUGGGAGCGUCCCCGGGGAAAGGGGUCCGGGAAGGGGUGGCCUGGGGACCACGUCCCUGCCCAAGUCGUAUCCCUCUGCUCGCGCACCCCCCACCGACACCUGGCGCUGGGGCCACGGGAGUGCGGGAGACACGAGCGCUGCCUUCCAGGGGGUCCGAGUCCAGCCUGCGGCCGACAGACCCUGGAACAGACCAUCUACGGUUUACCAGUGCAGUGCUGGGGAGGCACAGGGGCUGGGGGGCUGCGAGGAGCCCCCCACCCAGUGGAGAGUGGCGGAAGGAUCUGCGGGGGUGGGCGGGCAGCCGCCGGGGAUUAGAACUUGUGGCCGCAGGCGCCCCGGCUCCGCCCCCCGCCGCGGCCCUGCCAGGAGUCCCGCCCAUAAGACGCCGGGAGGGGCGGGGCGCCAGGCCACCUAGCACAUUCGUAGUCAGGCACAUUGCGCAGGCGCCUGAGCAGGCUUUAUGAGGAGAGCCGCAAAGCCCGUAGCUGUGGGGCCGCGUGGCCUAAUGGAUAAGGCGUCUGAUUCCGGAUCAGAAGAUUGAGGGUUCGAGUCCCUUCGUGGU